AUGGGAGGAUGUUCUUCAAAUGAACAAAUCACUAAUAGAGUUGAGUUAGAUGAUAAUAAUAUUCAGGAAGAAAAUCUAGAAGAAGUUACUAAGAAACCUGACACAGUUCCAAAAAAUCAAGAACUCCUAAAUGAUUUAGAUAAUUGCAUCCCUAAAAAUAUAUAUGAACCAAGUCGAUGGAAUAUUGUAGAUACAAAGUUGAGAGAUCUAUUAGUAGAAAAAGGACCAAUUAGAAUAACUGACAUAAAUUUUUCAAAGGAUAAUCUCUCUAGACAUUUUUCUACAACACAUUAUAUUCAAAUAUUGGAAAAUGGAGAAAGACAUGAAAGACAAUGGUUAAUUUACUCUAAAGAUUUGGAUGAAGUUUUUUGUUUUUGUUGUAAAUUAUUUAGUACAACUGCUCGUACUUGUAACAGCAAACUAGCUAGUAAAGGUAGUAAUGAUUGGAGAAAUCUUAUUGCUAAGCUUAAAGAUCAUGAAGUAACAAUGAGAAUAUUAUUAAUAUGA